AUGGAAAGAAGGGUUGCAAUUAUCGGGGCAGGAACCAGUGGCCUAAUUGCCUGCAAAUACGUUCUAGAGAUGGGUUUCAAUCCAAUUGUUUUUGAAGUUGAGGAAGGAGUAGGAGGACAAUGGAGACAUACUAUGGAGUCCACCAAGCUCCAAAACAACAAACAAACGUACCACUUUUCAGAUUUUCCAUGGCCUUCUUCAGUAAAAGAAGACAAUCCAAGUAGCAAGCAAGUGCUAGAAUAUCUCAACUCUUAUGCUGAACAUUUUUCCAUCAUUCCAUACAUUAGAUUCAACUCCAAAGUCAUUGAUAUAGACUAUGUUGGUGAGUCUAACGAAGAAAUGAAGUCAUGGGAAUUAUGGGGUGGUACAGGUAGGCCAUUUUGCUCUAAGGGAACUUGGCAUAUUGCUGUGCAAGAUACCAAGAAUUUCUCCAUGCAAGUGCACAAGGCUGAGUUUGUUAUUCUUUGCAUUGGGAAAUAUAGUGGCUUUCCUAACAUUCCUGAGUUCCCACCGGGACAAGGCCCAGCAGUUUUCAAAGGGAAAGUAAUGCAUUCCAUGGACUACUCUGCUUUGGAGAAUGAGGCUGCUGCUGAAUUGAUCAAAAGAAAGAGAGUUACAAUCAUAGGCUCACAGAAAUCUGCUCUUGAUGUAGCAGCUGAAUGUGCAAAUGCAAACGGAGUCAAAUAUCCUUGCACAAUCAUCCAAAGGACCGCGCAUUGGUUUCUUCCAGAUAUGAACUUUUGGGGUGUUAUUGUUGGAUUCUUAUACCUUAAUCGUUUUGCGGAGCUUUUGAUUCACAAGCCUGGAGAACCCUUCUUACUUGGCCUUGUGGCAACUUUGCUUUCCCCAUUGAGAUGGGGAAUUUCUAAACUUGUUGAAACUGCUCUAAAAUGGAAGCUACCACUGAAAAAGUAUGGAUUGGUACCUAAUCACAGUUUUCUUCAAGAUGUUUCGUCAUGUCUGAUUGCCGUGCUUCCUGAUAAUUUUUUUGACAAACUCGAAGAAGGAUCCAUUGUUAUAAAGAAAUCACAAAGCUUUAGCUUCUGCAGAGAAGGUGUAAUGAUUGAUGGAGAAGCUAAACCCGUGGAAACAGAUGUUGUGAUUCUUGCCACAGGAUACAAAGGUGAUCAAAAACUCAAAAGCAUAUUCAAAUCUCCAAUCUUUCAAAAUCACAUCAUUGGGUCAGCAAGCUCAACAGUUCCUCUCUACAGACAAAUAAUUCACCCUCGGAUCCCACAGUUGGCAAUGAUAGGAUAUGCUGAGAGCCUAUCAAAUAUUUGUGGGUCGGAAAUGAAAUGCCAGUGGUUAGUGCAUUUCUUGGAUGGAAACAUUGAGCUGCCAAGUAUAAGAGAUAUGGAAAAGAAUGUGAAAUUGUGGGAAGACAAUAUGAAACAAUAUGGUGGAAGAUAUUACUGGAAAUCAUGCAUUGCUAGUUGUGGAAUUUGGUAUCAGGAUCAGUUGUGUAAAGACAUGAAGCAGAACCCAAGAGUUUGA